CAAUAGGAGGCAAGAAGGUUGUGUGAGUACUUUGAUGUGCUUAUGAGCAAUAAAUUAUGCUCUAAACGUUACCAAUAAAUAUUAUUAUAUAAUACUGUGUGACUUUAUCAAAAUAAAUUUUAUCCAUAAUAGAGAUAUUUGACUAUUUGAAAAACUCAUUGGGUCACAUAAAAGAAAAGGCGUUCAGCGAAGAGUUGCACUUUUGGCAAUAUCAUUCCCAAGCUGUACAAUCGCAUACAUAUGGAAAACUGAUUGCAGUUAAAGGAGGAAAUUCACUACUUCGAAUUCUUGAUUAGGUCUUAUCAGUGAUACGUGAUUUCGCCAAUGCACUAAGUUUUCUCAGUGGGAUUCUUAAACAAUCUCAAGACAGCUACACUAACAUCGAGAACAAGACAUUAGAUACUGAAUCAGGUUUCUGACCACCGAAAUAUUACAAUCUCUACUGACGCAUGAAUUUGCAGAAGCUAGGUGUUCUUAAGUUUUGGCGAAAUGCUAGUUAUGCUCCAACUCGAUAUUUGUCUCAGUACAAGCCAAACUUUAUACAACCAACGACCUUGGAAAAAACCAAAUAUCUCUUCGGGUUUGGUAAUAGUCUUCGAUAUCCUUCAACAACCCUUCGCAUGGCCAGCGAAAAUAUGUUUGUAAUCUGCGCUGAAUAUCCUGUGUUUGAAGACUUUGUGCAACACCUAAAGCUUCCAGACACAUUCCAGACAUGGUUCUCCUUAACUGUAUUACACUUGUGGAUGUGUUAUGUUCGUCUACGUCAGGAAGGAAAUGAAGGCUAUUUGAUGAAAAAGGGGAUGGAUAAAGCACUUUGGGCAGAUGUGGGAAAGAGGUUGUAUGCGUUUAAUAUCUUGACUGGAAGAACCAAGCAGAUUAAAGUCUUUCGGACACAAUAUUUUGGAAGCAUGUUCGCAUAUGAUGAAGCAAUACUAUCCUCUUCAGACUCACACUUGGCUGCAGCACUAUGGAAUAAUAUAUGGAUCUCUUCAUCCACGGCUACUUUCCAGGAAAUAGAAACACUCGUUAAGUACGUUAGAAAGCAAUUGGAACACUUGGAAAAAACCUCAUCAACAGUAAUUCUUGGUUACGGAUCUCCAACUUUUCUACCCUUACUAAAUGAUGAGAUAGACUUUUCCUUCGCUGAAAAACGUCUGAAGUACUGUUUGUCUUUUCCUGAACAUUUAAAAUGAAUAAAUGUACAUAUUUGUAUUAUUUAAUCAAAGUAGAAGACCGGUGGAGGUAGUUAUUCACUCCA